UGAAGUCACUUCCGGGCUGGGGUGUUUGUUUGGACUGGAGAAGGGAGGCGGCGGGCGAAGCGCGCGUCGAGCGGGGAAGCGGCGCUGCCUGUGGAGAUCCGCGGAGGCCGACCGGAUUCGUUGGCUGCCGUCCCCGCUGCCGUGCACUGGGUUAAAAACGACAACUAACGCCAACCAUGAAAGAUCCAAGUCGCAGCAGUACUAGCCCAAGCAUCAUCAAUGAAGAUGUGAUUAUUAAUGGUCAUUCUCAUGAAGAUGACAAUCCAUUUGCAGAGUACAUGUGGAUGGAAAAUGAAGAGGAAUUCAACAGACAACCAGCUCGAGAUCUCCCACAAACUAUGGACCAAAUCCAAGACCAGUUUAAUGACCUUGUUAUCAGUGAUGGCUCUUCUCUGGAAGAUCUUGUGGUCAAGAGCAAUCUGAAUCCAAAUGCAAAGGAGUUUGUUCCUGGGGUGAAGUACUAAAAUAUUUGAGUAGACGGGGCCCUCUUUUGGUGGAUGU